AAUUACGCAUUAUCCAUUCUUAUAGCGAGGCAACGCCUAGACACAUGGCCGGGAUGAAGCACAAAAAGGAAAUCUUCCAUUAUCGGUUUGCUGUUUUGAAGGCUCUCUGCCAAGAUGUGAGAUAAUGUUCUGAGGAAGUUGUACAACUGUCUUCACUGUGGAAAACAGACUCUGAAGGCUUCCAAGAGCUGGCUGCAUUAACCCCGAUUAUGGGACGCCCAGCAGAGGAAAGGGGUCUAUGUGUCAAGUGUGUCAUCGAGUGAUUUAUAUCCCCGGCUGGGAUCUCUGUCUUGUCAGUCGGGAGUAAGCUGCGGAGAGGAGAGAGAAGCACUGAAAUCCUUAAUGAUGGUAAAACAUUGCUGACAUUUUAAGUGCGACUUGCUGUCAUGCUUUGGUUAUGCAGUGGCUUUUCAGGGCUCCUGUCUGAUCUCUGAUGUGGUUGAUGUUGCUGCUGAGCACUCACCUGCCUCCGGAGGAUCGGUUUUAAGUCAGUUUGGCUUGCUGCUGAGACACAUCAUCUGAAUCUUCAACAUGGAAACCAAGGGCCCGAGUGGCACCUUUAAACGGUCCUCCCUCAAGCGCACCACAUCUGGCUCACAGAAGGCACAAAAGGCUUGGAUUGAGAGGACCUUUCUGAAAAGAGAAUGUAUCCACAUAUUUCCCAGCAAGGACCCAACCAGAUGUGCCUGUGGUCAGCUGAUCGCGCAGCACGUGGCCAUUCCCCCUGGUGCACUCCCCAAGCCAGAGGAGAACCAGCUGGUGCAGAUCGAAAUCCCACAGGAGAAGUGGUCUGUGGCCAAGCACACCAAGACUUCCCCAACAGAUGCCUUUGGCGUAAUCGAGUUCCAGGGUGGAGGAUUCAUCAACAAGGCUAUGUAUAUCAGAGUGACCUAUGACACCAAGCCCGACAACCUGCUGCAUUUAAUGGUGAAGGACUGGCAGUUGGAGCUGCCCACCUUGCUCAUCUCUGUGCAUGGAGGUCUGCAGAACUUCGACCUGCAGCCCAAACUCAAACAAGUGUUUGGCAAAGGCCUGAUCAAAGCUGCAGUCACCACUGGAGCUUGGAUCUUCACGGGUGGAGUCAACACUGGGGUGAUCCGUCAUGUCGGGGAUGCCUUAAAGGACCAUUCCUCCAAAUCCAGAGGGAAGGUGUGCGCCAUAGGAAUCGCUCCAUGGGGGAUCCUGGAAAACAAAGACGACCUUAUUGGAAAAGAUGUGACCAAGCCCUACCAGACGAUGUCAAACCCACUGAGCAAGCUGGCUGUCCUCAACAACAGCCACUCCCACUUCAUCCUCACUGAUAACGGUACCUGCGGGAAGUACGGCUCUGAGGUCAAACUCCGCCGACAGCUGGAGAAGCACAUCUCCCUGCAGAAGAUCAACACUCGUCUGGGUCAGGGGGUCCCUCUGGUGUGUCUGAUAGUGGAGGGAGGUCCCAACGUUAUCUCUAUCGCCCUGGAAAGCCUGAGGGACGAACCUCCGAUCCCAGUAGUGGUGUGUGAUGGCAGCGGUCGAGCUUCCGACAUCAUUUCCUUCGCACACAAGUUCUCAGAGGAUGGAGGCCUUGUAAACGAUGAUGUCAGAGACCAGCUUUUAGUGACAAUUCAAAAGACCUUCAGUUAUACCAAAAGCCAGUCACAGCAGAUCCUGCUUAUGGUUAUGGAGUGCAUGAAGAAAAGAGAGCUGAUUACAGUUUUUCGAAUGGGUUCUGAGGGGCAGCAGGACAUUGAAAUGGCCAUUCUUACUGCCUUGUUAAAAGGCACAAAUGCCUCAGCCCCGGACCAGCUUAGUUUGGCUCUGGCCUGGAACAGGGUGGAUAUUGCUCGAAAUCAAAUCUUUGUUUAUGGACACAAUUUACCACCUGCUAGUGCCCUGGCCAACACAACCACCACCGCUGUGGCCCCAGCCCAGGAGAAGCAGAAGAGCCCGGUCACAGCUCCUCGUAACAAAGCCCGGGGAAAGAAGGGGAAAGGGAAGGGAAAGGCAAAGCCAGAACCUCCAGAGGAGACAGAUCCGAGGAAGUUAGAGCUGAUUCGCUGGGUGAACUCUCUGGAGCAGGCCAUGAUGGAUGCUCUUGUGCUGGACAGAGUGGACUUUGUCAGGCUGCUUCUAGAGAACGGGGUCAAUAUCCAUCACUUUCUCACCAUUCCCAGACUUGAGGAGUUAUACAACACGAAACUUGGUCCUGCUAAUACACUGCAUGUUGUGGUUAGGGAUGUCAAAAAGGGAAACCUUCCUCCAGAUUAUCAAAUCACCUUGAUUGAUAUUGGUCUGGUGCUGGAGUACCUCAUGGGCGGAGCUUACAGGAGUAAUUACACCAGGAAGGCUUUUCGCAACCUCUACAAUAACCUCUACGGACUAAAAAGGCCAAAAGCUCUGAAACUACUGGGAAUGGAGGAUGAUGAACCACGGCCAAAAGGCAAGAAAAAGGCAAAAAAGAAGAAAGAGGAGGAGGUUGAAAUUGAUGUGGAUGACCCUGAGGUCUGUCGAUUCAAGUACCCCUUCCAUGAGCUAAUGGUGUGGGCGGUGCUGAUGAAGCGCCAGAAGAUGGCGUUGUUUCUGUGGCAGAGAGGAGAGGAGGCCAUGGCAAAAGCCCUGGUGGCCUGUAAACUGUAUAAGGCCAUGGCCCAUGAGUCCUCUGAGAGUGAGCUGGUGGAUGACAUCUCCCAAGACCUGGAGAACAACUCAAAAGAAUUUGGCCAGCUCGCUUACGAGCUGCUGGACCAGUCCUACAAGCAUGAUGAACAGGUGGCCAUGAAACUCCUAACAUAUGAGCUGGUUAACUGGAGCAACUCCACCUGCCUGAAGCUGGCAGUGGCUGGUAAACAGCGGGACUUCAUCGCCCACACCUGUAGCCAGAUGCUGCUCACUGACAUGUGGAUGGGCUGCUUAAGGAUUGGCAAAAACCCUGGACUCAAGGUUAUUCUGGGAAUUAUCUUUCCUCCCCUGAUUCUACUGUUGGAUUUCCGUCUUGGAGAUGACGCAUCUUAUCAAGGAGCUGGAGGCAACGAAGAGGGAAAGGAAAAGGAAGACGAAUCCAAAUCCGGCAAGAACGCUGAUGCUGAUACAACUUCUCGGAAGGGGGAUGAAGAGGAGGGUAGCACUAAAGUUCGCAAAAUCCCCAUCGGCAAAAGGUUCUUUGAGUUUUAUGAUGCACCCUUCACCAAAUUCUGGUUCAACACCAUUUCCUAUCUGGCGUAUCUGAUGCUAUACAACUACAUUAUCCUGGUGAAAAUGGAGCGAUGGCCGUCUAUACAAGAGUGGACUGUCAUCGCAUACAUCCUCACACUUGGGUUUGAAAAAAUCAGACAGAUCCUGAUGUCAGAGCCAGGGAAGCUGAAACAGAAGAUAAAUGUCUGGCUGGAGGAGUACUGGAACAUCACAGACCUCGUUGCCAUCGCCACCUUCCUUCUGGGUCUAAUGCUCCGACUGCAGAACGAGCCUUACUUGGGCUACGGCAGAGUCAUCUACUGUAUCGACAUCAUCUUCUGGUACAUCCGUGUCCUGGACAUCUUUGGAGUGAACAAAUACCUGGGACCCUAUGUUAUGAUGAUAGGGAAGAUGAUGAUUGAUAUGAUGUACUUUGUAGUGAUCAUGCUGGUGGUGCUUAUGAGUUUUGGUGUGGCACGGCAAGCUAUCCUUCACCCUGAUGAGGAGCCUACCUGGCGCCUGGCGAGAAACAUCUUCUACAUGCCCUACUGGAUGAUCUAUGGAGAGGUCUUUGCGGACUCGAUAGACCGUAAGACUAGAAUUCAUAUCUAUGCAAUGGAAAUCAAUCCUCCCUGUGGUGAGCAUUUAUAUGAUGAGGAUGGAAAGAAGCUGCCUCCAUGCAUCCCCGGUGCCUGGCUCACACCUGCCAUUAUGGCCUGUUAUCUUCUAGUGGCCAACAUCCUUCUGGUCAACUUACUCAUUGCUGUCUUUAACAACACCUUCUUUGAAGUGAAGUCCAUUUCCAACCAGGUGUGGAAGUUUCAGAGAUAUCAGUUGAUCAUGACUUUCCAUGACCGUCCCAUCCUGCCCCCACCUCUCAUCGUCUUCAGCCACCUCUACAUUAUCUUCAGCAGGCUGUUUCGGCGUUGUGCCAAGAAAAAACAAGAGGGAGAAUUAGACGAGAAGGACCGGGGCCUAAAGCUGAGGCUGAACCCAGAAGAGCUGAAAAACCUCUACGAGUUUGAGGAACAGUGUGUGGAGGAAUACUUCCGGGAGAAAGAAGAUGAACAGCAGUCCUCCAGUGAUGAGCGCAUCAAGGUUACCUCUGAAAGGGUUGAGAAUAUGUCCAUGCGUUUGGAGGAGGUGAAUGAGAGGGAAAACACUAUGAAGGCCUCCCUGCAGACAGUGGAUCUGCGCUUGGCCCAGCUGGAGGAGAUCCAUGGACGAAUGGCCAUCGCCCUAGAAAAGCUUGCUGGGGUGGACAGAUUGGAGCUGACCCGGACAUAUUCGCGGAAUUCAUCUGUGUGUGACCCCUCCACUCUACUUCGGCAAGGCAGUAUUAAUAGCGCUGAUGGCUAUAGCCUUUAUCGCUUCCACAUGGACAUGGAGGAGCAUGCAGCAAAACAGAAGGAGACUGAUGAGAAAACUGGCAUGGAAAGACAGAGGAGUGUGCGGCAAGGCUCCAUUUCUACUCCUGGCACCAAAGAGUAUGGUCAGACCUUGGAUGUUGGUGGUGUGAGCAGAGUUCGGCGCAGCUCAUGCGUGGACAUUUUGAUAUCACCAUGUGAACAAAAGCCAUUGUCUGCAGCAGGAAGUGAAGAGGCCCUAACCAAUAAAGCAUCAGACACGGCAGCAGAAAGUAAAGAUCCUCUGUCAAAAUUAGAGCUGCAAACACAAAAGAGCAAACUAAGGCCAGGCUCUUCCUCCCCUCCAAAAAGGGCUAAGUCAUUGAGAUACGCUCCAGUUGAAAGCCAAGACCCCUCUCCUUUGACAAAGAGGAGGUCUAUGAGUACCAUUGUUAUCAGCCCUCCUGAUUCAGAGUACAAUGAGCCAGAUGAAGUACCUAAAUUCACAGCAAAGCCCCAGCCCCAGCAACAGCCUGCAACCUCCUCCUCUCCAAAGAGGACGAAAUCUUUGAUAUAUGAACCUACUGAAAACCAAAACACCCCCCCUACCACAAAGAGGAGAGUUAUGAGUGGCAUCAUCUUCAACCCAGCUGAGGCAGGUGAUGAAGCGCAGCAAACCGCAGACUACAGGUCACUCGUGGAGCAGAUAGCUAAAGCACCAAAUCAGUGGCCAGCAAACUUAGAGUAUCAAGUCCACCCCAGCGUCUUCGGUCACAUGCCUAAAGUGUCAAUGGUUAGAGCUCUUGCUCAGCAGUUUGAUGAUCCCACUGGGCCCACAGACCCUAAAAUGCAUGAGAAUGAGAUUGAUCAAAUUCCUUCAGAAAGUGAGGUAAUUCCUCCAGCAAAGGAACCCAUGAACGACCUAACAAAGAUGAACAUAGAGAUAGAUCCAGAGGACACUUCAGAAUGUCUAACUAUAGGUAAUGGAAAGUGUUUGCCGUCUCAGAGGUCCCAGAGCUGGAACGCCAGUGAUAGGAAAGCAAGGGGCUUGAUUACAAACAAGGCUUCCAGUGAGAGAGACAUUGUUGGAGCUUGUGGGAUGUCAGCUAAUAAAUCUGAAGAUGAGGAAAAGAUGAUAGGAUCAGAGAAAAGAGAGGACUCCUUCUUGAGGAGGAGGGCAUCGCUGAAAGUAGGGACUGAGGAGAAUAAAGGUGCAGAGGGAACUGACCAGACAGAAUGAUGAAACCAAGAGGGAUGUGUGAAUGGACAAAAGCAUGAAAGAAGACUGAUGGACUGAUGAUCAAGUUUGUGAAACUGUUAUUACAAUAAUACUACAAUCAGUGCAAUGAAAUAUCAGUAUAUCAUUUUCCUCUGAGGAUCCAUUUUAUUUUCUGUCUUUACUGUAACAUUUUCAGUGGUGUAACAUAUCAUACAAACACAACCAUUCACAUUACAGCUUUGCCAAGUCAUUGCAUUAUUAUGUUAGAGAUGUAAAGGGGACUUGUUGGAUGUAUAUGAUGUUUGAUAAAAUACUUUGAAAUAAUGUCUGUAAAUAUACAGUAUUUUAUCUUGUGUAAAUGUACUUAAUCACAAACUACUAAGUAGUGCCCUUACGGCUUCAUGCGAAUACCUACAAGUGCAUAACAAUAGGUAUUCAUUCAAGCUCCUUCCAGGAGCCACACAACCACCUUCAGUUUCACAUUGACACACUAAUCUGUGUAAAUAAAGUUUCAGUCAAAUAAAUAAAUAAAAUAAGAAACUACA